AGUCGGUACCCGCACUUAUAGCCAUUCCUGGAUACAGGCAACAUAUUCACACCAGUCGAUGCUUCACUACUCAUAUUCCCGAAACUUUAUAUUUUUAUUUCGCGAAUUGGUGGAUACAUUUUUGUCUGAUUUAUAAACCAGUAGUCAGUAUGUUCAGCUGUUCUAUAUGCGACCACAGGAAGAGUGUACUGAGCACUGAGCCGGAAUACGAGUUCCGGCGCCGGAAGAGAAACUCUGAAGAGAUGGAACUUUACGGGGUCUCGAACUAUUGCAGUGAAUGCCAGUUGGUCACCUUCUUUGUCAAUCUCGUAAACUUUGAAGGCCCUCUACGAGGAUCAUUGAUGUGGAAGAUUCUAUGGGCUGCUGCAGAAAAUGUGGGGAAAAUGCCGUUGCAGAAAUCGCAGGACACGGGGGUCCAAACGAGAGCUCUAGAGAUCGACAACCCAUUCGUGAUUGUUAUGGCGCCGCCAGCGUCCCGGGAGAGGGUUGGCUAUCAGGAAAAAGAAGCAGAAGAAUCCUCUGUUGGUUUCAGCGAAACCGAUACGCAGUUCGAUAGGGUCAUACAAAACAUUCUGAACACAUCCUCUGACACCGAUUCAGUUAGCUCCCACAAGGUCGAGGAACUAACGGUGCUCUAUCGGCGCCAACCGGAGACAAAACCAGAUUACUAUAGCUCCACGUGCAGGUCGGCUGGAGUGGACCACGCCAGUGCCCGUCGCAUUCCCCCAGCAUUACCCCAUCUGCAGUGCCAAAUGAAUAAGAAAAUGAAGCGACUGGAGGAGCUAGUCACCGUUGGGCGUCGUCUCGAGGACAAAACCACAAAGCUUCGCAUGGAGAUGGCGGCCCUGGAGAUGCAGAAGCAACAGGAAGAGAUCUCGGAGUGGCAACGGGAGGCUGAUAGCGCUUUGGCCAGCGAAAGCUCGUGGUGGGGCGCCGAGAACCUGAAAACGGUUUUCGGUAAGUGGUGUCCGGAGCGAAGGGACAAGAUCAUGGAAGACCAGGCAAACUUUCUACUGCAGGCCCUCGCGGAGCAGAGUGGAACCAAGGAUAGGGAAAGCGACACAGAUCUUCGCUCACUAAAAGAUGGGAAGACGGAAACUAAGGUACAAGGCACCCACAAAUAUAGGAGUGGAGAGAACGAUCCUCGCUCACGAAAUGAUCAGGGUGCAGUAGGGGAUAGUCGCUCACUAAAAGAUCAUGAUGGAGUAAGGGAACAUUGUUCAAAAAAAUACCAAAAGGAUAAGCGUGCACUCAUGGAUCGUAGGAAAACAGACAACGAAGACAAUUGGUCUAUGCAGAGUCAAUACAUAGCAUCUAUGCAAGCGGAGAAAGAUCAGAGUGAAACUAGCGAUAAUCGCUCACAUGGAGACCAGAGUGAAACUAAGGAUCAUCGUUCACAUAGAGACCAGAGUGAAACUAAGGAUAAUCGCUCACAUAGAGACCAGAGUGAAACUAAGGAUAAUCGCUCACAUAGAGACCAGAGUGAAACUAAGGAUCAUCGUUCACAUAGAGACCAGAGUGAAACUAAGGAUAAUCGCUCACAUAGAGACCAGAGUGAAACUAAGGAUAAUCGCUCACAUAGAGACCAGAGUGAAACUAAGGAUCAUCGUUCACAUAGAGACCAAAGUGAAACUAAGGAUAAUCGCUCACAUAGAGACCAGAGUGAAACUAAGGAUAAUCGCUCACAUAGAGACCAGAGUGAAACUAAGGAUAAUCGCUCACAUAGAGACCAGAGUGAAACUAAGGAUAAUCGCUCACAUAGAGACCAGAGUGAAACUAAGGAUAAUCGCUCACAUAGAGACCAGAGUGAAACUAAGGAUCAUCGUUCACAUAGAGACCAAAGUGAAACUAAGGAUAAUCGCUCACAUAGAGACCAGAGUGAAACUAAGGAUAAUCGCUCACAUAGAGACCAGAGUGAAACUAAGGAUCAUCGCUCACAUAGAGACCAGAAACAUGAGAAAGCACUCAAGGAUAAUAAGGAAACAGAUAAUGAAGAUGAUUCGUCGAUGCAGAGUCUAUACAUAAGAUCUCCGCGAGCAGAGAAAGUGCAUAAAGCAGCUUGGCCAGACACCAACAGCUUCAAGGCCAAUGAACAUCCUAUAAAUCCGUUUGAGAGUCCCAGAGAGAAACCCCAGACGCUACAGAUCUGCAAGAAACCCAUAAACUGUCCCAUAAGCGAUGAGUGCCAGCAACGGUGCGUUAUAUCGGACUUCAGCACUCACGUGCUGUACGAUCAUCAAAACGUGAUGUUGGAGCGGAUCGAUUUGGGGCAGACCAAGACCUUCCACCUGGAUCCGAGGCUCGCGAAAAAGAAUCGGCCCACGUGCCACAUGGUAUACUUUGUCAGAGACAUGAUCAUCGAUCCUCCGCGCGGCAAAAUGCGCGACGUGCUGCCCGUUCUCGUCAUGAGUGCCCGCAUGCAUUCUUGUGAUGUGUCUACUUCCAAGAGCCCGACUAACGAUUCCUGUCUGGAGGACGACACGCUGCAGUUCCUGCUCAUUUGGCUUUGCAGCUUUAAGCCCACCAACGUUCGUGUGGUUGGAACGCUUUCCGUUGAGGCCACGUGCGCCUAUGGACAGGACAGCCUGAUGGUGCGUACUGCUCGGGCCUACGAUAUACGGGCGCCCCAGGACAUGCGCACCAUCUACCGCAGUCCUUCCACCCUGAUCAUGCCCUACGACCUGGUCCGCCGCAUCACCCAGAGAGGCAACCGGUCCCUCAUCGUUAAGGUUAAGAUUGAGUAGGCAAUUAUUUGCGCGAUUUUCUUGUCCUAUUUAAUCCGAAAUGUUAAUGUAUUUAUGGGUUUAUUUGGUUGAGUUUUGGACCUUCAAAAGUGCCCUAAAAAUAAAAAUCUGCAAAAAUCUACAUCCGAUCUAAUUUAUCGCAUUCGACUCAAAAUUUGACAAAUUGCAUCGUCUGGCGCCCAUUGGACCCCUUUGGCGGGGCCACUCC